UUUUAAUAAUUUCUGUGUGCUUUAAAUAUUUUGUUUUGUUAAAUUAUCUUGUUUCUAUAGUGACAGCGUCGUGGGGUUGAACCUAGGUACAAAAAUCAGAGAAGUUUACCACUUUCGUGCGGAAACUUCUGUGGUCCGUCUGGAUCGUAAAAUAAUACUAUGGACAACUGUGAUUUGGAGAAGAUCACAAUUUCAGUCGGAACAUUAGAACCCCCUUUCCAACCAUCUAUCACGCGAUACAAAGUUACUGUCCCGAGUAAUAUUAACCAAGUGACACUGAACCUACAAACCAGUGACUGCGGCGCCUCGUACAGAAUCCGUUUUGGAAAUGGCUCAAAUGUAUUAAAAGUAGAUGAUGGAAUGAAUCAGGUGGAUAUAGAGGUAGUCGCUGAAGAUGGUACAUCGCAGAUUUACAGCAUAGAAGUGAUAAAGCUGUCGGCCAGCACAGCGAAACUGGAGGACCUAAUAGUGUCGCCGGACACAAAGCUGCAGCCUACAUUUUCCGCAAACAUGUAUGAAUAUUCAUGUAUGGCUAAUUUCGAUUGCGACGCAAUAACUAUUCUGCCAAAAAUACCGGAUGAAAACAUGCGAGUUUCGGUCAACGGGACUGAUAUGCCAGGACUCAUCCACUUAGCAGUAGGUGACACUCGGAUUGAGACCAAGGUUUGCUCGGCAGAUGGCACCAAAUCCCAAGUUUACACAGUACUGGUGACACGGAGGGAAAUUCCCUUGGCUUUUACGUUUAAUGACGUGAAGGACCGGUUGGAAUAUGAAUGUCCCGUUUCUCUAACAGCCUUUUACCGUCCUGUUUCAAUCAGUCCCAGCGAGCCUAAGCAUAUCUUCUCUUCACCAUACAUUGACAUGCUCACCCGGAGGUCAAAGGUGAACCCUCUGAAUGAGCUUCCCCUGACGGAAAGCUGGCGGGCACCAGAACUUGAUCUGGACAAGAGAAUGUCAGCUGCUCUAGUCCAGUGUCCCUUCCACUAUCGUGGAUGUGAGAGUCUGCUGAGGUUGUCCGAAGCUGGGUCACAUGCCAAAGGAUGUCCGUGCAGGCCGCCCCAAAAGCUGGACCCAAAGGAAGUCACUGGGACAGAGUGGUAUAAGAAGCACUUUGCAUUCUCCAAUAAACUGGAAAUCGAGACGAAACACACCUUGGAGAUGCGAAGCUGGGAGAUGCGUCUCCAGACGGCGAUAGGGGGAGACGACGUCGGCGAGCUGUGCCGUCACGCUGAUGCUCAGCUCAGACUCUACCGAGAGAGGCUUCCUGAGGCAGGUCACCUGAUCCGGUACGAGGACGGCCGGGUCCUGCUGGACUGCCUGGAGCGGGCGGCCGUCCACUACGCUUCGGCUAUAAGGCUCAAGCCUCGCGACCCCAAGCUGCACCUCCUGCUGGGCCGGGUGCUGGAGCAGCUGCACUACGCCGCCGAGAUGCACGGCCUCAGCCGGCAGCAGGCUGAAGAAGAUGCCCAGGACCUGGAUGGCGCCCAGGUGGCAGGGAAGGACGAUGAGGUCCUGGCCAUCUGCAAGCUCCACGGCUUCUCCAGCCGGCCCACCCUGGAGGAGCAGCUGAAAGCCCUGGACACAGAGUACCGGCAACUGAGGGAGCAGGGCCUGCCGACCAAAGCCGAUUACAUCCAGACCCUUUUCAUCUGGCUGUCAAAGAGAGCAGGAAAGGGAGCCGGAGCCGGAGCCGGCAGCCUGGGUGCGGAGAGCCCUCUGCAGCAGGCCCUGCUGAAGUUCCUGGAUGCCUGGUCCCUGAGCCCUGAUGACUGGGAGCUCAACCUGCACGCGGGGCGCCUGCUGCUACUACAUGGUCAUGCCCGCGAGGCGCUGCAGCAUCUCCGUACAGGCCUGGCCCUGCGGCCCUCGCACGCCCCCCUCAGGUUCUACACAGGACUGGCUAUGCUAGAGCAAGACAGGGAUCCAGAGAGCAAGGUAGAGGCAGCACUGUAUCUCCAGCAAGGCCUGGAGCAUUUCAUCACCCUGAGCUGCAACCCAGAUGGCCUGACCAGUGCUGACAAGCAGGGCACAGCGGACCUGCUGUCCCUAAGAAACACACAGUUCCUCCAAGGCUGCUUCAGUCUGGGAACGUUGCUGAGGGACUGUAAACAUCCUGGGAAUGCCAUGAGCCCAGAUCAGGUCUUUCACGCCACGGCGGUUUUGGCUGCACGCGGCCUGUGUGGGUGCAUGUGUCGGGGAGAGGUGGCGCGGCAGAUGGACUGGGUCCUGCUAGACGCCCACUUCGCCCUGCUCCAGGCCCUCAUUCAGGCCCAGGUUCCUGGCAGGGAGGCCUGGGUGGCCAGGAGGUGCCAGGCCCUGAAUUCCCUUAUUCGGCUCACCACCAUCGCCCCCUGCAGGGAACUCCUCGACUUGCAGGAGAAGGUGUGCCAGAUUGGAGUGGUGGCCACGCCCCACAGCAGCCACGCCCUCUGCCUGCUCGGUCAGGUUCAGCUGGCCCAGUACGACCAUGAGCCAGACUCAGGGAUCGUGCAGAGCUCCCUGGCUGACUGCCUCCUCAGCUUCCAGGCCAGCAUCGAGCUGGAGGACACCAUCCAGUCUGGACCCACACCCAGGCAGCUGGCCGGUCAGAAGUGGUGGCAGGAUCAUCAGGCCAAAAAGGAGAUGGAGAAGUCUGCCAAUCAGACAGCCCCUCCACUAGGGGGCACUCACCAUGGCUCAGGAGCGAGAAUUGCUGGAGAGGGGUUCAGCUGUGCCAGGAUGCUAGGCAGAGGGUGUGCUACAGCCCCUACACCCAGCCAAAGAACUGGAAAACCUGCUUCCCUGUCAGCCAAACCUACCCCACCUGUGGCAAGAGGGUGCACUGGAGCCAAGCGAAAGUGCGCAAAGACACUUUGCAAAACAACCUCAAAAUCCAAGCCUGCUUCCAUGGCUCCCAAAUCAGCCUGCCAGUCAUCUGAGGAGAAGCUGCAGCCUCGAGCUCCAAAGGCUGGCCAGCUUGCACUGGAUCACAUUAGUAGUGGAGAUAACAUGAUGCGCAACUGCUGGUCCCAUGUCCCACGCCUAGGCCUGGCUCGGGCCCUGUCCCGCCUACCCAGCACCAGAGAGAAGGCAUGCGCUCUCUACCAAGAGGUCAUCGCCGUGGCACCAGAGGUCCACGAUGCUUACAUCGAGCUUGCCGAUUUGCUGGUUAAGUCUGACCCCCUGGCUGCUGUGGAUGUUUAUUGCAAGUUCCCGCUCAGGCCCGUCAGUGAGCAGAACUUCGACGAUGCCUUUAUAAGGGGAGAAAUCGUCCGCAUCCUCAUGAAGGAGGAGCAGUUUGACCACCCGCAGCUGGGCCCCAAUCUAAUCGCCUACGGGAAGGUCAUGGGACUUGGUGGUCUGGAAAAAUACAUUGAUAUUCUUGAAGGGAAAUUCAAAACAAAUCUCUUGAAGACUGUGUAUGCUGGAGUCCACGAUAAAUCAGUUGAAGAUAAAGAUCUGCAGGACUUUUUCAGUUUUAAAUGCUGGAUAUAA